AUUAUGACCAUUAACAUCAUAAUUUUUUGUGAACAACAACAUGGCGCCGUCAAAGUGGCUGGCUGAAAUGUUCCAUUCUUUCCCCCACUUGGAUUUCGACUUCAAGAACGCGACUUCCAUAUUUAGCCCAACAGAAAAUUCAUACCAGCAGGCUCUGAUGUUCAAUGGCCUCAUCAUCCUUUUUGUCACUGCUUUGCUUUUUCUUGUUUUCACUUUUUAUUUCUUGAUUUGUUCCUGCUAUUACUGCUCAAGUUGUUUCCCGUCUGUUUUGAAACCAAGGCCAUCAAAGAGCAGAUCACUCCGGUUCCUCAUUGCUUUCUUUGCUGUUUUGUCCUGUGCACCCCUUGGUUUAGGGUUUUAUGGAAACAACAAAACAAUGGAUGGUGUAAACAGUUUCUCAAAGGCAUCAGCAGACAUUUACAAUCAGUGGGACUUGUAUAAAUUUAAGAAUAUGGUACUUGGCCAGUUCAUUAACAAGGAUGCUUCAAAUGCUGUGAAAAAUCUGAAAGAUGCCCUUGUAAAGUACUCGAUACCCAUACCAUCUGUCCUGCAAAGACUGGAUGGGCUUCUUCUUUCUAUAUCAAGUGGAAUAAACAUCAGCACAAAUGAUCUUAAAGGCAGUGAAUUCAGUUUGAAGGACUUGGCAGAUGAGGCUUUGGAAUAUGACAAAAUCAGAUGGUGGACAACGAUUGGAAUCCUCCUUUGGCAUCUUUUGCUUGUCCUGAGUGUGCUUUAUGGAGCUUGGGGAGAAAGACGCUUUUUCAUUCCAAUAAUUGCCAUUGAAGGAGUUCUCUCCAUUUUGUUUAUGAUGUCAAGUGUUGGCAUUGAAGUGCCAUUAAGCGUGGGUGCUGGAGACCUCUGCGUGAAUCCAAAAGCUGCCAUUACUCAGCAUGUCAAAAACCCAGUAUACAGAGUAAUCGAGAAUUACUAUCUGGACUGCUUUAAUGGGUCUGGAAACCCUCUCAUUAAGAAAUACAUUGAUACAAGUAAAAUGAUAAAUCUGGUAGAAACUGACGUAAAAAUUCUUGAAAAAGAUGAAGCAAUUAUAAAGCUGCUAUUAAACGAAACAGUUCCAUAUGUAGAUGAUUUAAAGAAAGCCAUUAAGAGCAGUAAGGCUGAUUUAGAUGGACUGGUUUCCAUCUUGGAUUGCAAAUAUAUCAACCAGCGAUACAAAGCUGGUGUUGACGCAGUUUGUUAUACUGUUUUGAGUGGCCUAUCGCUGAUAAUCUUGGCUGCGUUGAUCAUCUCUGUUUUCGUCAUUUGCCAGCUCUUGUGCCUUACUCCUAUCUGGAAAUCAAUGGCAAAACUAAAAUCCAUACUACGCCGAACUGCGCCGGGGAGCGUGCAUUUAAUAACUGGCAGUUAUAGUGGACCUCCAGGAGGGCGAGAUCAUUUUCCGGACUCAUCGUGGGACACAUCGUUAGAUGCAUCAUACAAGUCAAUUGACGAAGAUCAGCGAGAACAGCAACGGGCUGGCCGGUAUGACACCCAGGAGACCGUGCCGCUUGUAUUGCGAAGAGGCGAAAGACCGCCAUCGUAUCAUGCAGUACACGGUGAAACGGAAUUUCUGUCAGUGGAAGAAGACAGAAAGAGGCUAAUGUCUGCCGAAUCCGCCAGUUAAUUGGAGUGCCCGAUUGGAUUUACUUACCGCUCAUCAGUGGGAUAUAAUUUCUUUACUACUCGGGUAGGAUAAUUUUAUUUGGGUGUUCGAAUAUUUUUGAAUCUAGAAGAAUGAAAUUCAAAUCACAUCAUCCAAUAGAGAAAUGGAUUUAUAGACCCAGAUCUUCCCUUGAAGGCUUGGAACAAUGGCUUCUUUCUUUGCUCGAGAUUGCGAGCUGAUCAUUAUUGUUAAAUUUCGGGAUUUGGAUGAAGAAAUUGAGAUCAUCCACUCGAAUCACAGGAUUCGAAUUGACUGGACACGUGCCAGUGGAAUCUAUGUAGAGAGUGACAGAGAGUCAGUUCUUUAUGUUCGUUGUUCUUUCAGUUGAAUAAAUUUAGUUAUUCGUAUGGUAUACAGGGUUCGCAUGGUGAGUGCUGGGUUAACUUUGUAAUGGCUGGUUGAGUUUUCUUUUGUUAAAGGCAAAUCUUCCGGUAACAAAGCUAGCUGUGGUAUUUUCAAAAACGAACCUGGCUUUAGGAGUUCUGCUUUAACUUUUGGUCAUCAGAUGUGUGACUACUUCAACUUUACUAGUUGUUGCACAUACUGCUGCAUAUUCGAAACAUAUUGCUGCACAUAAAAGUAGUUAUAUGCAAAAAACCCCUGAUUUUUUACUUUUAUCCCUGUAAUUGGAAGUGAAAUACCCUCGCAAUUGAUGUGAUGGCAAAAGUGUGCUUUAAUGACUCGCAAAAAUUAUUCUUGUUUUUUUCUCGAAGCAACAAUGAAACCUAAAUGUUAUUUCUGAGAAAAGCAAGCUUAUCUUUUUAUACAAUUUUGACAAGUAGACUUCAGUAUUAAACCUUUCUAUGGCUCAAAGUUUUCUAUUUUGGAGACGAUAAUUAUGAACCCAGAUUAUGCACCAGCCAAUAGGAGUAUUCUUGUCACGUGAACCCAUUUUAACCUCCAUUAAAGAAUGUGAAAGGUCGACAACAGCUCCGCAUUAACAAUAUCAGAUCCCGGCUAGUUUGCUGUUGUCAUUUUUGUCGUGUUAAAUGAAAAUUCCACUUGGAUUACAUCAUUAUCGUUUGAUAAAACGCAGUUCAUAAAUAGUAACAUCUUUGGUUUCGCCAAUAGUGCAGUGAUUUAGCCUAUAAACAAAUUGCAAUUAGUGGCUUUGCGUAAAAUAAUUGUAUUUUUGUACUUUUCAAGCAAAAACCUUUUAUUCAUUCAACGCCUGUCUUUUCAAGCGUAAUUUAGGUUUUCAUUUACGUUUUUUAGAAAUCUGGAGUUUCUACAUUUUAAUUUAUUUUGCUUUGAUUGCUGUAAUAUGUAUGUAGCUGUCGAAAAUUUUAUGUUAAGUUGUUUUUGUCGUAAUUUAUAGUGCCAUUUUUCAUUUCGCACGAACACCGUUCAUACGCUUUCUAAUGUUCCUUAUUUUUCAAAAACAGAGAGGUUAUUCUUCUGGAGCACCUCCAAAAUUAAAGUCCUCCCUCGGUUUUUGCAGUAAAAAGGCCCUCCUUCGGUAUGCUGCAGAUAUUGAUAGUAUUACACUCAGAGAAUAGCUAGAAAACCCAUAUUUGGUAUUUGGACUGGAAUAACUGGUAUCAGCACCCUCCAAAAGUAUAAAUGCAAAUAUUACUAAUUUCUUAUACUAUUGUGCUUUUCAAUGUUCUUUACAUUCAAGAUUGGUUUAUUGUAUAUUAUGCAUUAGGUACUGCAGUAGCAAGGAAGGGCCAAGGUGGAAUCUUUCGACCAUGUUAUCAGAAAUUCGAGACAUUCUGCAUAACAUAGGCAUUUCUUUAGGUAUUACGCCACCCAAGUAUAAUGCAUAUACUUUUAUAUUCUUAGCAUUAUAAUGCCACAUUCAACGUUUAGAUUACCCCUGUUUACCCUUUCCAAAAUUUACUCGCUCGUUUACCAAUCUUUGUCACGUACGUCCGUUCUCCUUCACUCCCUCCCCUAGCACCUUAGAGUAUUCCCCCUUUUUAUACCCAUUUCUCGUUCAAGUCUUCUAUAACGAUACCUAAUCAGUCCUAGGAUCUUAAUCUUUCCAAUCGCUGCGUGGUCAAAUUAUUGCGGCCCCAGUUUUCUCAAACAUCGCUUGCUCAGGUACAAUCGCACCAAUAGGGAUCUUGCCAAUUUAAAAAGGCGGACUUUUUGUGUUUAUUGUCCAAGAGGUUUUUGAAUCCACAUUAUUUUUGCCAUAAGUAGAUUUAUAUUUUGACGAUGCAAUUUUGUAAAUCUCGAGACGUUGAAUUUUGACCGAUGAUAAUUUUACUAUAUGUUUUGCUGAAUAAUUUUGUAAAUCUUUUCGAAAUUUAUUAUUUAUGAAUGUCGUUGCGUCAACAAAAUGAUGGUUAAUGGGGGA